AUGGGUAUCCAAAUGUCAACAUCCGAAUUGUCGUCUGAUGGGUUGUCCGAAAUGUCUGACGCCGAUGAACCGGACGACAGGCGUUCCUACAGUUCAGAAGAUGCUGAAAAUGGCGAAAACAACGACAACUUUACUUAUCACCAGCGUCGAAUUAUUAAGCAGCCUUCUCUAAAUCGUGUUGCAAGAAUGUCAUCUAUGGAGUCUGGAACUUCACAGCCAUACGAAUCACCACCAUCAAGCAAACAAAAUCAACCACCACCCUUGCUUAAACAGCAACAUCAACUACCGCCAUCACAGCGUGUAUCUUCACCAUUGAAUGCCGACUCAGCCACUGCUGAUGUAGAAGCCGAAAAAAUGAAAAAACUUUUGGAAUGGGAGCUGUCAGCAUUGGAAGCGGAUGACUUGCGAUCACAUGCCUGGUACCAUGGUCAACAGGUAGAUCGAACCGAGGCUGAGCGGUUAUUACGUCAGUGCGUCGCUGAAGAGCAUGGUUCUGCUACUGCUACUAUAAUCACUACAAAUGACACGAUUACCCCUUCAAACAAUGUUACUGCUACUGCCACUACUAAAGGCUCUUCAUCAUUACAACAUCAUGUCGAAGAAGCCACCAGUGAUUUGGAUGGGAUUUAUGACGUCAGCAGUGAUAGCAGUGACUCGGAUUUCUCUAUUGAUGACUGCAUAGACAAACGUGACAUGGUACCGGAUCCAUCCUUGGCCACUCGCCGCCGCAUUGACGGUGUGUUGCCGUUGAAAAGGCCAAAGCGACCACACCGACCCCGGCGGCAUUUCUAUUGUUUCUUAGUUCGAGACAGUCUGAAUGUUAGGCCACCGGGCAGAUACGUCGUGUCGUGUUUGCGUGUUGACAAGUACGAAGAUCUUGAGACCGGGGACAAAAACAUAUCCCAACGCUAUCAUGAUGAUGAUCAGCGACGUAAGUUUCAGAGAAAACAACAAAGGAGACAGCGAAGGCAACACCGACAUCCUGUGUUGCAUUUUGUCGUGAAUGAGAUAAUCCUACAACCCGGAACAGUAUAUGAGCGAUCGCAGUUCAGUUUUGGGGAAACCUUACCCUCAAUGACUACAGCUAUUUCAACUGCUGUUGCAAAUAACAACGAUGGGCUUAUUAACGACCAACGACAAUGUCAACCAGGAUUUGAUAGUGUGCCUGACCUCAUCAGGUACUAUGUUGGUGGUGCUGAUGACAAUGCUGUUCUUUCUUAUAGAGGUGGAAACGAUGGAGUUGUAAGUGGUAGUAUGACACUUUCUCGAACAGCUCAAACGGAGGUACGAAUUCGGUAUCCAUGCAACAGGCGUCGUCCACUGAUGACUGACAAAUCAUUGGCCGAAGAUGCAUCUCCAAAUAUUCUCCCGAGUACGAUGGAAAAUUCUCGGUUGGUGCGACAACGUGCGACAACGGCAUCCACCCGCACUGAAGGACUACGGGAAUUAUCCACUUCUCCUGGUGGGGAAACAGAAGCGUCAACAUCAGCUCAAAAUACAAACCAUCGACGUCAUUCGCCAUCGCCACCUCCUCAAAUUUCAAAAUGGAUGCGCGUGCAGUCUUCAUCUAGGUCGUCAGUCCGAAGAACUCCUUCAGCAACCGUAACUUCCACAAUGGUUACAUCAGAUACGUCUUUGAAGCCUCCUUCAGCAGCAGGAUCAGCAAAUCAAACUCAGUUACAGCCAUUGACAUUAUCUCCUUGCCCCCCAAGAAUCGAUCCACAAUCAUCAAUCACUGGAUCCACUUCAGGAUCACCAGAUCCGUCAAUUAAAACUCUACCACACCAACCAAAAUCAUCUUAUCCACUUCCUUCAACCUCUGGAUCUUCAUCAUUAUUAUCAUAUGACCGUCCUUCAACGUCUGGGUCAAAAUCAAAUUCGGACCAAUCAAGUUUUUCACUACGACGUAUGCCAUCAUAUCCAGGUAUGCCAUCGGGAAGUACUCCACAUUUGACAAUCUCUGAUUUAUUAUCAUCACCGUCAUCUUCGACGGAUUCAUCACGGCUCUCACGGAGUAAAUCAAGGACUAAUUUAUUAAAUCGUGAAUUUAGAUGA